AUGGGCCAGGCUGAAUUUCCAGAUCAAGUGAUUCCCAUUGGGAAAGUGACCCUUGGUGAGCACGCCAGGAAACAAAUGAAACAAAAGCAGGAAAGGGAUGAAGAAAAAAUGAGAAUUCUGAAAGCAGCGUGUGCUCUUUUGAACACGGGAGGGGGACUAAUCCAGAUAGAACCUGACAAUCAAGAUUUUGACUUUCAGAAGCAUGCUUUGGGCCAGGAUAUACAGACUGCUUUGAUGAAUCUUGUACAGCCUUCAUCACUUGAGAUUUUUUUUUACUUUUUACAACAGAAUGGAUAUUUUCUGAUAUUUGUAAAGUCGUGGUGCUCAGCUACUGAUCAAGCAAGUCUUUGUAGCAUCAGCACUGGCCUCCGAAAAAGAUCCGGAACAUCAGUCAUUGAGAUCCCUUCACAGGCAGUUCCUGAGUUCCUACAGGAGCAAAGGCAGAAAUGGGGCCAUGACGAGCCUGGUGUCCCUGAUGAUAAUACAGUUCAGGAGUUUUACAGCAGAGACAGCGUCAGCCUGAAUGAAGAAGUACCAUUUGGAGAGAGUAUGAAAGUAGAGUUCAAAGACUUUAGUAGUGAAAAAUCUUUGGUUAAACUUAGAGAAAGACUUCCAAAGUACAUAUCUUCCUUUGCAAACACACAGGGUGGAACUCUGUUUGUUGGAAUUGAUGACAAAAGAAGGGUGAGGGGAUGCACUCGACAUGAUAAUUUGGAAAAACACAUUGAAGAUAUAUGUAAGAAGGCCAACCAGGUUCACCUAUCUGACUGCAAGAACCCUAAGCCCUGGUCUGUUCAACAUCGGAUCAUUUCUGUUGUGGACAGUGACAGCAAGAAUCUCUGUGUCCUGGCCAUAAAAAUUCCAGUUUUCUGCUGCAUUGUCUUUGAAAAUCAACCAGAUUCCUGGCAGAUUAACAACUCUCAGAUGUGUCAGAUGGAAGCUGAAGAUUGGUUGGCAAAAAUGGUGCGUGCCGAUCCAGUAAAGAGCAAAGGGCCUAUAUGCAUUAUUUCAGCUUUAGAUGACCAGCUGAACCUGUGCUUCACAAAGCACCUUAGCCUGAGCGAUGCACCACCUCAAUGCAAACCUGUCUUCGGAGUUCAAGACACUCAUCUGGCUGAACUACAGAAAAGACUGUUUCCAGUUGACAAAGAAAAUGUCAAAAUUGGACCUGAGCCCCUCUACACACAGCUUUUGAGGAUGCAUCCAAACCUUCAAAAACUCACUAAGGAAGAAAAUGGUUAUCCUGGUGCUCUGAUUUUUUCCAAAAGCUGGGCUGUUGACAUUGGCAGAGAGAAGAAAAGUGGCGUCGUCUGCGAUGCCCUGUUGAUCUCGAAAAAUUCAAAACCCAUUUUGUACACAUGUGUAGAAAAAAGAAGUCCAGAUUUAUGGGAAUAUGCAAUAUCAACUGCAUUUCACCUCAAGCAGCAACUGGUGAAUCUUGGGGGAUAUUCAGGAAGACUCUGUGUGAUCCCAAAGCUGGUUAACUGUGAGACCGGGGCACUCAUACCGAGAAAGCGGAAGAUUGAAGAAAUCACUAUGGAGCAAUGUUACCCUCCCUGCUACAAUCUGCCACGCAUGGAUGAAGUGGAAUCCUUACUGCGCGCAUUGCUGAUUUGUGUGAUGAGCUUCCCCUCCGUUCUGAGUUGUGAACUUGGGUGCGAGUUCCUAAAUUUACUCACAGAGGAGCAGUUUCAGUUUCUGAAAACACAUGAACACACCAACGAGCUCACCAUUCAUGGUUUGCCAGGAACUGGGAAGACGAUGCUUGCAGCAGAGAAAGUAAAGAGAAUCAAGAACUCCUCUGGCUGUACAAAUAUCAAUAUCCUGUACAUCUGUGAAAAUGCACCACUCAGAGAUUUUAUGAGGAGAAUGGACAUUUGUCGUUGUGAGACACGGAAGAGCUUCAUGUCAGUUCAGAACGAUUUCACGGAAAUUCAACAUAUAAUUGUGGAUGAAGGCCAGAACUUCCGUGAUGAAAAUGGAGAUUGGUAUUCAAAAGCAGUAGAAAUUGUGAGGGAAAGUGGUGGUGUGUUUUGGAUCUUUCUAGAUCAUUUCCAGCAGAGCCACACGACUAGAUCUGGUCUACCAAAUCCCAAAAUUAAAAAUGAGUUCUACUUAGACAGAGUUGUCCGGAACAGUUAA